UAUUUUCUUUGAACAAACUCAUUCCGGUAGAAACACACAUCAAUAAUGUCCAUUUCGUAAUAAUUUUUUACAUUUGUUGAAUUAAAAUAUUUAUAAAUUAAACAUUUGUUGCGGAAAAUGUUGUUGAAAUACGUUAAACCUUUGGUGGAACAACCGGUGAGAUAUAUCUCAUCCGCCUCUACAGCUGUUACAAGAUUACAUCGCUCCAUAUAUGCUCGUCAAUAUCCAACUGUUGUUGUUUUGCCAGAUGGAUCUACAAUUAACAUUCGCUAUGGAGAACCAAGAAAGAUUAUUAAGUUACCUUUGGACCUAAGCACGUUAACAGAAGCUGAACGCAAGGCUCGUUUAGAGGCCCGCAAACCACGUAGAAAGAUAAAUGUGGUUGAAGAAGUAGAAGAUAACUUUAACGCAAAGAAAUAUAUGAAAUACAUUAAGAAGAAGUAAUGGGUUAAGGAAUAUGUUAUUUACGCUAAUAAAAUUGUUAUACUUGGAAAACUAAA